CAGCGUUCCCUAAACCAGCAGGAUGUGGGAGCGUGAGAACCCACCCGGACAGCCAGGGCGCCUCGCACACUUUCUGCGCACGCUCAGAAACGACCGCCCUUCGGCUCACCGGAGGCUAGCGCGACACUGAGUCGUGAAGAAAGGCCGUAAAGCCGCAAUGACUUCUGGGCAUUGAAGUCCUGCAUGUGGAUUGGCUGCCUGAUGGAGAAGCUCGCUUGUGAUUGGGUGGUCCGGGACCAUCCUCAAAGGGCCACUUCUCAUUCGUCAGUCAUUGGCAAUUGAGUUUGAAUUGGGUGGCGGUUAGCUACAGCGCUCUUCCCUCUCAGCCGGAGCAGUGAGGUGUUUCCCGGCCCUUGCUUCCCGACCCACGGGUACGUAUCUCGCGGCUUCUUUAUGCCCAGACCCUGAAGGACGACGAUUCCCAGCCGCCUUCGCCAUCCCUUCGUGUCCCCUUACUUUCCUUCCCCUGUCUCCGCUGCCGACCCCUUGUGACUCGGUCCCAGCCUCCCCGCAGCCUCCUCCGAAGCGCCAUGGCUCCUAGGAAGGGUGGCAGUCGGGUGAACAAGACCAACUCGUUACGGAGCCGAAAGCUCGCCUCCUUUCUUAAGGACUUCGACCGUGAAGUGCAAGUACGAAUCAAGCAAAUUGAAUCAGACAGGCAGAACCUUCUCAAGGAGGUGGAUAACCUGUACAACAUCGAGAUCCUGCGGCUCCCCAAGGCUCUGCGCGAGAUGAACUGGCUUGACUACUUCGCCCUUGGAGGAAACAAACAGGCCCUGGAAGAGGCAGCAACAGCUGAUGUGGAUAUCACAGAAAUAAACAAACUAACUGCAGAAGCUAUCCAGACUCCCCUGAAAUCUGCCAAAACACGAAAGGUAAUACAAGUGGAUGAAAUGAUAGUGGAAGAAGAAGAGGAGGAAAACAAACAUAAGAAUCUUCAAACUACAAGAGUCAAAAGGUGUCCUCCAUCCAAGAAGAGAACCCAGUCCGUGCAAGGAAAAGGCAAAAGCAAAAGGUCAAGCCAUGACAGCACUGUGACCCCAGCUGUGGGCCGAUUAGAGUUGUCCAUGGUGAAACCAACUCCAGGCCUGACGCCCAGGUUUGACUCCAGGGUCUUCAAGACCCCGGGCCUGCGCACUCCAACAGCCAGAGAGCACAUCUACAACGUCUCUGCCAACGGCAGCCCUCUUGCUGACAGCAAAGAGAUCUCCCUGACCGUGCCAGUGGGCGGCGGAGCGAGCAUGCGGUUACUGGCCAGUGACUUGCAGAGGAUUGACAUUGCACAGCUGAAUCCAGAGGCUUUAGGGAACAUUAAGAAGCUCUCGAGCCAUCUCGCCCAAAUCUGCAGCAGCAUACGGACCCACAAGUGAGAAGAUGGCAGGACAGUACAGGUUGUAGCAGUGACCAAGGCAGCAGAACGUGCACGUGUCUCCUCCUGUUCCCCUGCUGUCUCCUGCCCUUUCAAUGCUGGGUACUAAGUGGGGCCUUGAAAUCUUUCACCUGCUAUGCCCAGUAGUUCUUGUCAUGCUGACAUGAGUUUUGAGUUUAUCAAAAAGACCAAAAACUGGUUUGGAGGCAGCUUCCAUAUCUUACACCUCUACCUCUCUAAUUAGUGGGAAUUUAGAGAAGGGAAUUAUAGGACUUAGUCUAAGAAUUUAAGUGACUGGCUGCAGAAUAACUGUCUCUAAGCUACAUGUGGUCCAGCAGUCCCUGCAGGUCUGUAGACUCUGUAGACAGCACGUCUCUUAAUGGGAUCACUGGGUGGCAACAGUGCCUUGGCUGGUGAUGUCAUUUCGUGUUUAGCUUAUGCCUGGGGCACAGACUAGUUGUGUAGAGUCAGGAGUGAGAUCCUUAUGCUCUGACCAGCCUCUGUACCCCAAAGGGCCAUGUACUAUGUUCCAGGAAUUUUGGGAACAAGAGAUCUUCUCACCUCCCGACUUGCAGGCGCGCAGCUUUCUCUUGUAUGGCUCUUUAGUUAUAUUUUGUAUUAUUAACUCAGUCCUAUACAGACUGAAUUGUUUCAAGUUGUUUUAUUCUCCUUUUCAUGAGACUUUUGUACAUAUUGUUUUUCCUACCUGCUUUCAA